GGUGCGUGCGUGUGUGUUCCUGCGAGCAUAUAGCGCUGUAGAUUACGUCUACCUCUCUCAUUCUUUUGCUUGGUGGUGAAGAAGAGGGGUCUUGUAAUUUGAUUUGGUUUUUCCUACGGUAGCUAAUCGAAUCGAAAGCAAAGUUUUGAUCUUUUGCCGUCGCGUUGGUUCUGUUUGCAACCCCUAAACUCUCCCGACACGUUUUGUUUUGGAUCUAUUCGGAAAAUCGGGAGCUUGUUUUUUUGUAAUAAUGCGACCGUUUAUGUCUGGCUCGAGAGCUUUGUUCAGCUUAAUAUCAUGUCGAAACGCAAUCAGGAGCCCGAUCAGGAGUCGUGGCGGGAUCGGUCAGAGGAGUUUUAUAUCGAAUCGAAUUGGGUCUGUUUCGGGGGUAGAGAGAUGCGGGUCCAUGUCCAAUGAAGACGAUGAUGCUAGAAGAGUCUCUCCCGGGACAGGGAGCUUAAUUCAGAGACGGCAUUUUCUGGGUUGCGGAGAUGGGGAGGAAGGCGGUGGUGAGUUAUCCAAGAUCUACGAAGAGCGUCGUGUCUUGGGGUAUUCUCAGGAGCAAUUGUUUAAUGUAGUUCUAGCUGUAGACUUGUACCACGGCUUUGUUCCUUGGUGCCAACGCUCCGAGGUUCUUAAACAAUAUCCUGAUGGCUCUUUCGACGCUGAACUGGAGAUUGGUUUCAAGUUUCUCGUUGAGAGUUACAUCUCCCAUGUUGACUUCGAGAGACCGAAAUGGAUUAAGACAACAGCGAGGGACACCGGCCUGUUUGACCAUUUAAUCAACCUCUGGCAAUUUAAGCCUGGUCCCAUUCCAGGAACCUGCGAGCUCUCUAUCCUUGUCGAUUUCAAAUUCAACUCUCCUCUCUAUCGCCAGGUGGCUUCGAUGUUCUUAAAGGAGGUAGCAACAAGACUCAUCGGGGCAUUUAGUGACCGAUGCCGACUUGUGUAUGGUCCUGGAGUUCCAGUCGAUGAAAACUCAUAUGAACAAAAAGCUUGAUACAUAUCUAUAUAUAUAUAUAUAUAUAUAUAUAAUGGAACUAACAAUAUCAGGUUAGUUUUCAUGUUGUUUGCUAGAGAGCGAGAUUACCCCACAGCUUUUGUUGCAUUUUUUUACAUACAUGAAUUGCUUUUGCAUAAGAAGAUCCAAUUCUGUUUAAUGUAAAAGCUGAAAUUUAUUAUAUCCGUUUCUCUUUUCUU